AUGCCGGCUCGCCUGACCGCUCGGGAGCCAUCGCGAACUUGUUGCACUGGCCCCCGCUACCAGAACUUGGACGGGACCCACCCGUUACUGUGGGAGUUUACCUCUGGGGGCUCAGAGCACUAUGUCAACAGCUUGGACUACUUACUGCAGGAGAAGAGGGAGCAGGCCCGGGAGCAGGAGCAGGAGAAGCUGCUGCUGCAGCACCACCCUGACUUCACCUCAGAUCUCAAUGAAGACGAAGUGCCGCUGGCCCCCGAACACAGGAUGCUGGUGGAGAGGUUCUCUGUGUCCCUGCAAGUCAUCCCACCUGUGCAUCCGGGUGAGACUGUGUUUCUGCCCAGGCGUCACCCCCUGCCCUGCAUUCUGGACUCCUCACAUCUAAAGCCACACAACCACCUUGAAGAACUGUUUCUCAGCUCCCCAGUGGCACAACAGAUCUCCUUCCUGCACAAUGGCCUCCUGAGCAACCUGUACCUGCACACCUCUGACUGCCCGGUGCCUCUGCUCCAGUGGCUGUUCCAGCUGCUAACAUGGCCUCCAGAAACUUCUUCAAGAGCCUUCGACCUCCUGUGGGAUCUCAGUGUGGAUGGGCUCUUCUGUCAGUCCGAUGAAGACAUGCGCUUGUGGUACCCCUCGUUGCAGGAGGUCAUGGAGGUGUUCCAUAGCCUGGGAGCCCACAACCCUGCCCUAUACCUGCUGGGGCCCUUUCAGCAUGGCAGCAGACUACUGGAAAGCGAGGCCAGCCUGAGCUGGCUGCAGCAGCAGGACCCUCCCCAGGCGGUGGCCUUGGACCUGAGCCUGAGCUACAUCUACAAGUUCCUGACGCUGUGUGCCCUAGCCCAGCCGGGGGCCUACACAGACGCACACCUCCUGGGCCUCAUAGAGCUGCUCUGUCGCACCAGCCUGGACGUGGGGCUCCGCCUGAUGCCCAAGAGCGACCUCCAGCAGCUCCUGCUCCUGCUCCUGGAGAACAUCCGCGAAUGGCCGGGGAAGCUCCAGCCUCUGUGCUGCGCCCUCAGCUGGGUGUCCGACCACCACCACAACCUGCUGGCUCUUGUGCAGUUCUUCCUGGACGUGACCCCCCGGGGCAGGCAGCUUCGAGGCCAGCUCAGCCUUGUGGUCAUCGCCCGGAUGCUCGGCCAAGAGGAACUCCCUCUCUGGCAAGAGAAGAUGCAGCUGUCCUUGCUCAGUCAACUCCUAAGCCUCAUGAGGCCAUCAUCCCUGGGGCAGUACCUGGGCUCUGAGCCCUUGCCACCCUGCCAGGAGCAACAGCCAAAGGCCAGUGCUGCACUGGACCAUAAGGUCUGCUACAUGUGCCACAGCCUCCUGACACUGGCUGGAGUGGUGGUCAGCAGCCAGGAUAUUACUUCAGACCAGUGGGGUGAGCUGCAGCUGCUCUGCACGCAGUUGGACCGCCACAUCAGCACCCAUAUCCGGGAGAGCCCCCAGGCCAUGCACCGGACCAAGCUCAAGGACCUGGCCACCCAGACCUACAUCCGUUGGCAGGAGCUACUGGCCCACUGUCAGCCCCAGGCCCAGUACUUUAGCCCCUGGAAAGACAUCUAAAGGAGCAAGGGCAGGGCAGCCCAGAGCUCUUGAC